AAAAGUAGCGCGCGAACAUCCGAAACUGGCAUGUGCUCUGCUGGAGAGAGCAGAGAAAUAAUCAUCCUCAGUGAUGAUGAUGAGGAGGAGGAGGAUUCUGAAAAAGACUCUGAGAAUAACCAGUCGUGCCUCAUUAUAGAAGAUGAGAAGAUAACAGAUGAAUUCUUGCAUUCAGACUCUCCGGUACUUCCAAGUGCCUCAGAUGAGGACUUGGUGGUGACCUUCUCCCGCCGGGCCGAUGUUCUGCCUCACGCACGUUAUGACUGUCCCAUCCAUCCUUUCACAGCUGCAGACUGUGAGACGGCCGCUCCUCUGACCAGUAACCAGCUCAUUUGUGAUCAGUGCUUCUGCUACAUCUGUGAUAAGCUGGCUUCAUCGUGUGCGAUGUGGACGUGCAGUGGACAGUGUCACUGUAACGGCCACAAGAAAAGUGAAUUCUGGAACAAUCUCAGAAACAAUUUUCUGCUGGGAGAACUUAAGAUGUUCAACCUCUCUCUGUCAGAAAUAGACUCUCAUCUCCGACAUGCAGAAAUUAUGCUUCAGAACUUCAGAAAAGAGGUGUCAACAGUCUUCUCGUCUUUUAUUUUGGGAAAAAUCAUACAACAGAAUAGUCAGCAACAUGAAGUCAUCCAUGAUUACAUGCCGGUUUUCAACUUUGUGACUUCAUUUCUGAACCAAGCAGAUAAGCAGAACAUCAGAGCAGCGGCUUUAAUGAACCUGGGAGCUGCUGAAGUGUUUAUGAAGCAUUUUCAAGUACCAGGACCCACAGGACCGUCUCCACUGUCUAACGCUUCAAAUGCCAAGUUGGUGUUACUGCAGAGAGUAAUAAGAUCCAUGCAGAGGCUUGUUGUUGUGGCUAAUUUACCUCCAGGAUUCGUCCAAAAGCUGCAGAAUUUUUACCAGACAGCAAUACAUUUCCCAGCUGACAUAAAGAGCAUGAAGAACAGCUUGAGCAUUCGCUCCUGGGACGACGUCCUGCUGGUGUCUGUGCUGAAGGGUCAGAACGUAUCGGGCGUCCGGAAAGACAAAGGCAAGAAGACCCAUCUGGCAGAGGAGAUGUCUGUGGUUUUACUGAGGAGUGAGCUGCUUCAGCACCAGCGCAGGUACAGGGAGUUGUGUCGAUACCUGAAAGUCGUCCAGACCGACGAUUCUGCACGGUUUCAGAAGCUACAAGACCUCAUUCCCUUUUUCCUGUGCAUGCAAGGAGACUUGACAGAAGCAAUGACCAGCUUGUUCCCGUCAGUCAACGCUCCCGCCUGCCGCUUCUCUCCUCUACUCUUUCUUGUGUAUCUUCGCAUUUUCCAAACGGCCACGGCGCCAAAGCUGGUGGUGAGCCAGCCGGAGCAGCUCUCCUGCCCCAAUGCAGUCUGGGAGUCCAUUAAAGAUGCUGCUCCUCUGAAGUGUGUGGAGCUGGUGAAGUUUGCUCUCAAGGCUCAGAGAUGUUCUGCUGCUGUCUACACGGAUUCUCAUUGUUGGACCAGUUUACUCACCAUUGUCAACUCGUCCACUGCUUUCCCCCAACCCAGCCCGGAGUUUCUUCACGAGUCUCGGCAUGUUGUGAAAUCUGUACUUUUUGACCAUCAGAAUUCCAACGUGACAAUCCCACGAUCCUUUUAUGAGGUGUACCCACAUCAGGCCUUGCUGCUGUUGGUGUCUGGAGCUUUAAGUUUCAGAAUCCUCAAUGGCGCCCUGUGUCCAGCUCUACCUGUGAUCAACACGUUUAAGGACAACAUGUGGGCUUUUAGAUGGAUGUUUGAAAACUUGUCUGUCAGUAAAGAGCGAGUCCAGUCCUUCUACCAGGAGGUCACACAGGAGGUGACAAACUCAACAGGCUCUCCACUGGCUUUCAAUCUCAUCCCCUCUUAACAAAAGGCGUCCCGACAGAUUCUGCCUUAAGACGGUCACUCGGAUCAGCACCGGUGCAUCAACAUAUUCAGAAAACAUUCUUUAAGUUGAGCUCCACACAUUAAUAAACCCACUCUCUCCACCCAAAGCUCAUCAGCUUUAAAUGAACCACUCUGAGCGCUGUCAUGCAUUUUACAUUUGCAGCAGAGUCAUCUGCUGUAAUCAGGAAUGUUUAUCACAUGAGCCUCAUCCUGCUGCUCGACGUAUGUCCACGGAUCUCUGUGAACCUCAAACUACCCAUUUCACGAGUCUGUGCACUCACACUAGACCAAAUGUUUAGGUCUUUCUCCUGCUGUAUUCUUAUUACAAGGGACCUGAUGAGAAUGUUUCAUCUCAACAUGUAAGAGUUCAGAAACUCUGCCUGCUAACCCAAACACAACAACAGUUUCCUGCAGAUGUUCAGCUGUAUGUCUGCUUCAGCUGGCACCAGCAUCACAUAGUUUACUAUUAUAUUUAAAUAUGUUUUUUUUCUCUACUUCUUUUUUUCAUCAAAGUCUUUGAAUGUGUUUAAUUUUAUUGCAAAUGGCAACACAAUGUAUUUCUGUUGGUAAACAAGGCCAAAGGCAUUGUGGGAAAAUAAGUUGGCCACAGUUCAAAGCACAAAGGAACUUUAUUUCCAGAGAACUUGUCCACACUGUAACACUGUGCCUUUGAAUAAUAAACAAUAAACCAGAUUUAAUCAUGA